GGGGAAAUGAGUCGACGGUGGAGAACGAAGGUAUGUAAUGACUCCACAGAUGUACCUGCUCUUUGCCUGGGCAGCGACGUCUGCCAGAUCUUUCCAUCAGCAUCGUCAGCUGUGCUUCAUCAAUCUGUCCUGUUCCUCCUGGCUUUGCGCAGGAGGCUUCUGAGGCAGCUGCCGCCGUGACAGGACAAGAAGAGCCGCCGGCAGCACACGAGAGUGCAAGACGGGCGGACAUGCGGCAUAUAUUCAUCACUGGCCAGCCUGGCACUGGUGAGUCAGGGGCAGACAGCAGCAUUCACGGUGCAUUGAAGUACGUCAUUUGUGUGGCUGUACGUGUUGUUCGAUGCAGGCAAGACGACCAUGGUGCAGCGCUGCUGGCAGCGCCUGAUCGACGAGCAAGUCGUCUCGCCUUCCUUUGUGCGAGGGUUCUUCACUGAGGAGUGCAGGCAGGGCGGCACGCGAAUCGGCUUCGAUGUCGUCACGGCUGACGCAAGACGAGCGCCCCUCGCAAGACUGGGCAAUACCAAACCGACCGUCGGCAAAUACUGUAAGUGAACACGGGCAGAAUGAUGCUGACUCAACAAGACAUGUGUGCCUGUGUGCCUGUGUGUCUGCUGCAGCUGUUGAUGUGGGCAGCUUCGAGGCGCUGGCGCUGCCCGAGUUGGAGUCCGUCACCUCUCUGACGGGUGUGUCAGCAGAAGCACCCACGCUGCUGGUAGGCCAGGCCACGUCAGCGAACACCCCAUAUACGGUUUGCAUCCCUCCCAUGCACACCAGUGUUUUUGUGUGGGUCAGCUGUUGGAUGAGAUAGGCAAAAUGGAGCUGCACUCGUCGCUGUUUUGGCCGGCUGUGAAGACAGCGCUCGACUCGUCGGUACCUACACUUGGCACCGUGCCCAUGCCACGAUACGGACACACCAUCGCAGAGGUGGGCGGCAAGAGCACGACACACCAGUGUUAGGAGAAUCACACGCCAAUGGCUCUUCCCUCUGUCAGGUUGAGUCUGUCAAGAGCCGUGACGACGUCGUGCUAUACAAACUGACCAAAGAGAACCGGUAGGCCGGCGGCUGAUGUGUGAGUUGUUGCCUGACAGCAUUCUCUUUGCUGUUUGGUUGCUGGCUGUAUGUAGGGAUGCAAUGUUUGACGAGAUCUACGAGAUGGUCAAGAGUCAGAUUGUGGCGACCAAGUAAUACUGAUGCGCGGUGCAAAUGGAAGGUGUGUGUAGAAGCCUUCCCUGCGUGGCUCUGUACAUAGUGAGGGAGGGAGUGCAUCCGACGCUUGGAAGGACGUAUGUAUUUGUCGCACAGAUGGAUUGAAGGAAUAGUGUGG